UUCUAACUCAGAAAUUCAUUUGCCUUAGGCGGCGCCACAGGGGACUCCCAUUAUACAGUUUUAAACUAAAAUCUAAGACUCAACAUGUCAAGUCAAAUGAACUUCUCUGUAGCUCCGGAAGUCAUCAGGAACAUACGGUCAGUCAGUGGGCUCCCCCCUGCAGAGGCUUUAUCUAAUGUACAGGAAAGGCUUGACAGGCUGGAAAAUGUCACUCUGGACAUUGCUGUGACUGGGGAGACAGGGGCAGGCAAGUCUACAUUUGUCAAUGCCUUGCUAGGACUGAGGGAUGGGGACCCAGGAUCUGCUGAAACUGGAGUCACUGAGACAACCUUGGAGCCCUCCAGAUAUCCCCAUCCCACAAUGCCUAAUGUGAACAUCUGGGAUCUGCCAGGGAUUGGAGGCAUUAAAUUCAAAGCAAAAGACUACCUCAAGCAAGUUCAAUUUGAUCGCUAUGACUUCUUUAUCAUUGUUUCUUCAGGGAGAUUCAGAGAGCAUGACAUUAUGCUAGCCAGAGAAAUCCAGAAGAAGAAGAAGUUAUUUUACUUUGUGCGUUCAAAGAUAGAUGGUGACAUACAAGCAGAGCAACGAAAACCCAACCAUGACAUACAAAACACGCUAUCCAGGAUAAGAGAGAACUGUGUGGAAAAUCUGAUAGAAAUAGGAGGUCCUAAGGUUUUUCUGAUUUCCUCUUUCAAUUUGGAAAUGUAUGAUUUCCUUGAACUGACAAACACUCUGAGAGCUGAUCUUCCAGAACACAAGAGUCAUGCUCUUAUUCAGUCCUUGCCAGUUUGCUCCUUGCAGAUGAUUGAGGAGAAAAAGAAAACCUUUGAGGAGGUUAUGUGGGCUUCAAGCUUUGCCUCUGCUGCCAUUGCAGUGAUUCCUAUUCCUGGUCUCUCAGCAGCAUGUGACACUGGCAUUUUGGUGGCGUUCCUGCUGAAAUGCUAUCACUCCUUUGGCCUGGAUGAGAAAUCACUCAAGAGGCUUUCAGAAAGAAUGAAUAAGCCAGUAGAAGAUCUGAAAGCAGUGAUGACAUCUCCUUACGCAGGUGGGGUAAAUAAGAAAGCAGUGCUCAGAGUUUUGGCCUCAGCAACAAUUGGAGGAGCGAUGGCGCUUGAGUACCUCUUGAGCAACAUUCCUGUUGUUGGCAGUUUAGCAGCAGGGGGGAUCUCUUUUGCCACCACAUAUUAUCUGCUGAACACAGGGCUUGAUGAUAUGGCAAAGGAUGCCAAGGCAGUGCUGACAGCUGCAGGCUUAGAGUGAACAUGGCAGAAAUCAGGUUUCAGAAGAGAUGAAAAAGAAUAACCCACUGAAAUACUUUCAUUGAUGCAACUUGCUUUUAAAGGUAGGUUGCAUACUGAUGAUAAAUACAAGGGUGAUGAUCACAGCAAUCUGAAUGCAAAUUACAAAUAUGCUACAUCACAAAUGCCAUUUAUUGAACUUAUAACUUGUACAACUUU